AUGGGAUGCUCACAUUCAAGUUAAGAACUUUAAGGAAACAAACUUAAGAAAGAAAUCAUAAGAGUUUACAAUGAGAUUUCUGCUUUGAGGAAGCUUCUCUUCCAAGUUGUUUAGCUUCCAUUACCAGCAGAAUGUCUUAUACUUAAUGACAUAAAGUUUAUCUGUGAAAAUAGUAAUCUACCUUAACCUGAUCUGAACGAUUUACUAAUAAUGUAUAUGAAAAAUAUUGAAUAUAGGAUAAGAAAAAUACUAGAGCUUUAAAAGCAAAUUAGUAUUGAUUAAAAUAUUAACAAAUCAUAAAUUCAGUACCUUCUUUCCUACUACAAUAUAAUCAAUUAAAAUUUAAUUUAAACAUCUGUUUCUUUAUCAGAUUUAGAUUCCAUUGAUACUCAAUAAGAAAUAUGA